GAUUUUCUAUCUAGGUUGCAGCAUCUUGUUCUUCUGUGAUUCUUCAUUCCAAAACCUAACAAGAGAGGGAUCACCUUUGUUGGAGAAGAAUGGCCGAUUCACACAGCAACACUGUUGCGGUGCAAGCCACCAACGAUGAUGCCUCCGCUAGCAAAUUGUCAUGUGUAAAAAAGGGAUACAUGAAAGAUGAUUACAUUCAUUUAUUUGUGAGAAGGCCUGUGAGGAGAUCUCCUAUUAUUAAUCGAGGUUACUUUGCUCGUUGGGCUGCUAUUCGAAAACUUCUCUACCAGUUUCUUGAUGCUGAGAAGACAGAUGAAGAUGCCCCAAUGAAGAAACAGAUAUUAUCACUUGGAGCAGGAUUUGACACAACAUAUUUUCAGUUGCAGGAUGAGGGGAAAGCACCACAUUUAUAUGUGGAAGUGGAUUUUAAGGAGGUAACCAGUAAAAAGGCAGCACUUAUUGAGACUUGCAUUCCAUUGAGGAAUAAAGUUGGUGAAACAGUGGUCAUAUCGCAAGAAAAAGGAGAAGUGCUUAGUGCUCACUAUAAACUAGUCCCAGCAGAUUUGCGUGAUGUGAAACAAUUAAGUGAUAUUUUAACUCUUGCUGAAAUGGAUCCAAGUCUGCCAACUUUUAUAAUUGCAGAAUGUGUUCUGAUCUACUUGGAUCCUGAUUCAACUCGUUCAAUUGUUGGUUGGGCUUCCCAAACAUUUUCAACAGCAAUAUUUUUUCUUUAUGAGCAGAUCCACCCAGAUGAUGCUUUUGGACAACAAAUGAUACGGAAUUUGGAGAGUCGAGGUUGUGCUCUGUUGGGUAUUUAUGCUACACCAACUUUACUUGCGAAGGAAAAAUUAUUUCUGGACCAAGGAUGGCAGAGGUCUGUUGCCUGGGACAUGCUGAGAGUUUAUAAUGAUUUUGUUGAUGCACAAGAAAGACGCAGGAUUGAACGGCUGGAAUUGUUUGAUGAAUUUGAAGAGUGGUACAUGAUGCAGGAGCACUACUGUGUGGCUUAUGCAAUCAAUGAUGCCAUGGGUCUUUUUGGGGAUUUUGGUUUUGUUAAGGACAAGAAGGUGCUUCAUUCCUCAUGAAACACGAGGAUACACUGUCAUAGCAUAUAUAUUUAUAUUAUAUUAUAUUUCCCUUGCCAAUUGCCAUCCGUGGUUGUAACUGUUAAUACAGGAAGUACUCAUGGUGACAUGCCAGCUCACUCUAAUGAGGAUGUUGCCUAGUAAAAGGGUUCUCUCAGCAACUUGUUAGUUAUUGUAUCAGAACUCAGCCAUGUAGAAUAUAGAUGAUUUUUUUUGGUAUAGACUCCUUCAGGAAUUGUUUGUUUGAUACAAAACACAGAUAAUUCACCUUUUCUGCUAGCUGUUUGGCAAAGAAAACGUGGUGGCCCCCACACGGCACCAACAAAUAAGUCAUAAUUUAGGCCUGUCUGGGGAUGCCCAAGUGGAAGAAAUGUGAAAAUAGUAUGCAUUGUUUUUGCUUUUCAACACUGACAAGGUUUCCUUAUGCUUUGGCAUUCUUUUGCAUGCCCUUUUUGUUUACUCUUUGUCUGAUUGAACUGACAGUGUUAUAUUGGGAUGAUAGUAUAGUGGUUUUGUAUCAUUGUGGCUGAGGGUGAGCAAUGGCACUGUACUUUGUCUGAGGAAAGUUACCUCGUUAGAUGGGUUGGUCAAAACGUGACUUAAAAGAGUUAUGAAAAUUUGGACAAUUCAGAGGUUCAGUCUGCAUAGACGAAGCAGAUGGCUAUACUAUAGGGAAAUAUGGAUUUUUUCCGCCUUGCAGUUGUUUAGGGACAUGGAUUUUGACAAUUUCUUAACAAUAAAAAGACAACAUAGUAAGUUACAUUGCAAGAGAGAAGAUGAAAAAACCGUUAUUAGCAACAAUCGUGUUUUGUUUAUUGUCUCAGAUCGAUUGCAGUGGACAGUGUGUUCAACUGUUCAACUGUACUGACUUACAGUUCAAUUUGUUCACUCAAUCUCCUUUUUUUGUGUUUCCAUCGGGCAAGGGCACAUGAGCACAAAAAAUCUCUGUACCAUAGGACCAUUGUUGCACUACCGUUACACUUUUCUUCCUAGCUUUUUAGAAGAGCAAUAUUAUUUAUAUAAUAACUUUUUACAAUAUUUUUUUAU